UCCAGUCGCCAAACCAGCGGCGGUGCACUUGCCAGGGGCGGGAGAACCCGAGAGCAUCCCUCCCUCCAUUCCCACGCAGUCUUUCCUCCGCUCGCUCUCUCGCCCCGUCACAUGCCGGAGCUCUAGCGGGGUCUCGUCUAAAGUCAGGCACCAGGAGGGAUAAGGGGGCGCAGGCGGGAGGAGGAGGAGGAGGGAGGCUGUCCGUCUGCGGCCGGGCUGAGGCGGUGCUUCGGAGGAUGCUGCGGGAGUAGAGAGCGGCCUCACAGCGGAAGAUGGGGAAGGACCAGGAACUGCUGCAGGCGGUGAAGACCGAGGACCUGCUCACCGUGCAGAAGCUGCUGCAGAGGCCCCGGCCCGGGAAAGCAAAGCUCCUCGGCUCGGCAAAGAAAGUCAACGUCAACUUCCAGGACACAGACGGGUUUUCUCCGCUGCAUCACGCGUCGCUCAAUGGGAACCUGGAGCUCAUCACUCUGCUGCUGGAGUCACAGGCUGCUGUCGACAUCCGAGACCAGAAAGGCAUGCGGCCGCUGCACUAUGCAGCAUGGCAGGGGAAGGCGGAGCCUAUGAAGAUGCUGCUGAAGUCCGGCUCGUCCGUCAACGGCCAAUCAGAUGAGGGGCAGAUUCCCCUCCACCUGGCGGCGCAGCACGGCCACUACGACGUGUCGGAGAUGCUGCUGCAGCACCAGUCCAACCCGUGCAUUGUGGACAACGCAGGGAAAACACCUCUGGACCUGGCCUGCGAGUUCGGCCGAGUCGGGGUGGUGCAGUUGCUGCUGUCCAGCAAUAUGUGUGCCGCCUUGCUGGAGCCCAAAAAAGGAGACACCAACGACCCCAACGGGACGUCUCCGCUCCACCUGGCCGCCAAGAAUGGACACAUAGACAUCAUCAGACUGUUGAUCCAGGCGGGAAUCGACAUCAACCGACAGACCAAAGCGGGCACUGCCCUGCACGAAGCCGCCCUGUGUGGAAAGACUGAGGCGGUGAGACUCCUGCUGGAGAGUGGCAUCAAUGCCACCGUGAGAAACACCUACAGCCAGACUGCACUCGACAUUGUAUACCAGUUCUCUGCAACACAGGCCAGCAGAGAGAUCAAACAACUGCUGAGGGAUGCAUCGGCGGCCCUUCAGGUUCGGGCUCUGAAGGAUUACUGCAACAACUACGACCUGACCAGCCUCAACAUCAAAGCAGGAGAUGUCAUUACGGUUCUGGAGCAGCACCCCGACGGUCGCUGGAAAGGCUGUAUCCAUGACAACCGAACAGGAAAUGACCGUGUGGGCUACUUCCCUUCCACCAUGGUGGAGGUCAUCAGCAAGCGCACAGGUUUGGCCAGCACAGUCAUUUGCACCCAACAGUUUCAAAAGAUACCGCUGGUUCCUCCGACAACGAUUGCCCCUGCCAACGCGGUAGUCAACGGCAACGACACCACGUUCCAUCAGAUCCAUAUCCUGCCUCCACCGCCUCCUCCUCCACCACAUUCCCAUCAGCCACUGCUUCCACUUUUCACUUCCUUUGGCUAUAGCAAGUCGCCCGUGACAACCCCACUGGGAGACACACCCACUGCCCCAGGUCGUCGUGGCUCAGAGGCCAGUCCUCACAGCUCCCCCCCCGCGUGCUGCGGGCCCCACGGAGGCUCCAACGAAGAGAUCUGGGUUCUGCGCAAGUCAGCGGCAGGUGGAGACCGCAGCAGUCUGGGCAGCUCUGGCAGUGUGACCAGCGUGAGGUCGUCGGGCAGUGGUCAGAGCGCCGGCAGCACGGGGCACGUCCUCCAUGCGCAGGCUGAGGGGGUCAAGCUGCUCGCUACAGUCUUGUCCCAGUCUGCCAAAGCCAAGGAGCACCUGCUGGAGCAGUCCAAGUCGGUGGAGCAGCCUGCAGGCCCCGCCAGCUCCUCUAGGACAUCCAGCCAAUCGGGCUGUCCGCUCCACGAGGCCCCGCCCUAUGACGCCACGGUGACCAGGAAGGGGGAGGGGCAAGGCGAGGGGAAGAGCUCAGAGGCCGUUGUCCAAUGGCUGAGCGACUUUCAGCUGCAGGUCUACGCACCAAACUUCCUGGGCGCUGGGUAUGACUUGCCCACCAUUAGCCGAAUGACCCCGGAGGACCUGACAGCGAUUGGAAUCACCAAACCAGGUCACAGAAAGAAGAUGACAUCUGAGAUCAACAAGCUAAGUGUCACCGAGUGGCUGCCCGAUCACAAGCCGGCCAACCUCGCAGAGUGGCUGUCUGCUGUCGGGUUGAGUCAGUAUCACCAGGUGCUGGUGCAGAACGGUUAUGAGAACAUCGAGUUCAUCACUGACAUCACUUGGGAGGACCUACAGGAAAUAGGCAUCAUCAAACUAGGCCACCAAAAGAAGCUGAUGCUGGCGGUGAAGCGGCUGGCUGAAAUGCAGCGGGGCUCCCUCAAAAAGAAGCCCCCGCCAAUCACACAGCAGCAGGAAGUCAUGUCGGCCGACGGCCCGCCUCUAGACGAGGUCACGUCUCCCAAGUUGAGCACGUUCCAGGACAGCGAGUUGAGCACCGAGCUACAGAGCGCCAUGAGCCAGCCGGGUCAGGAGGUCAAAGUUCAGCGAACACGCAGCAAGGACCAGGAGGAGGUGAUGACAGGCGGAGGGGGAGGGGGAGGGGGAGGAGGUGCUGUGCCACCUAAGAAGGAGGCGCGGACUAUGAGGCAGCAGAGCAGCCAGGGAAGCAACUCCUCCCACAGAGGGAGCGUCUCCUCUCAAGGCAAACACCGUCACCCCCACUCGCAGCCGGCCCCCCCCUACACGCCCCCGCACACCCCGACCAAGACCCGGACCUCAUCCUCCUCCUCCUCCACCUCCUCCGUCCAGAGCACAGCGUCCCCGCAGGCCAAACACAAGCCGUGCCCCCAGUUCAUGCAGGGGGAGCGGCCUCAGUCGCCGCGCUCCCAGCCCCCCCAGUCUCCAACCCACCGGGGGCCGCCGUGCAGCCAGCUCCCGCCCCAGCAACCACAGCCCCCUCAAGCCCUGCCGCAGCACCAGGCCCCCCCUGAGGGGAGGGAGGAGCAGCCCCCACGGGUGCCUCUCCUCUGCCUCCCACCGGAGGCGCAGCAGGCUGAGGGAGACGGGGAAGAGCCCCCCGCCCUCCAGAGCGCGCGCGGAAACCCCCCGAGCCGAUACGCCGCCUCGGACGGCGAGUGCGACGAGAGGGCGGGAGGAGGAGAGGGCCGGGAGGGCGGGGGGGAGGCCGAGGGGGUGGGGGGUCCGGUCUCUGGCGCCGCGAGGGGGGACGGAGUCAAGUACGCCACGGUGACCCACCGCGUCAGCCGCAGCCACUCUGUGCGCAACCAGGACAAGGCGCUCCACCGCUACCACACGCAGCCCUUCGCCCUGCGCCAGAAGAAGAAAGGCCCCCCCCCGCCGCCGCCCAAACGCUCCAGCUCCGCCAUCUCCACCUCCAGCUCCAACCUGGCGGAGGCCAACGCGCAGCCGCACGAGCUCGCCACCACCACGGGGGGGAUGCUGGACGUUCCUUACCUCCAACAGCGGCGGGCCAGCGACCUGGGGAUGUCGGUGGGGGCGGCCCCCGUGGAGACGAGCAGCGUGGGCAGCGUGAGGAGCAUCGCCGCCAUGCUGGAGAUGUCUUCCAUUGGAGGUGGAGCCAAAGGCAUGGCGCUGCAAAAGAACCUCCUGCAGGUGGGGAGGGCGCGCGACGCCAUCGGCCUGGACGGCGAAGUGGUGAACCGGCGGCGGACCAUCAGCGGCCCGGUCAGCGAGCUGGUGGCGGCUGCCAGGCGCGAGCAGCCGAGCCCCGCCCCCCUCCCGUCUCCUGCCGUCCAGCCCGAGGACACCCCCUUCCCGGGGAAUUCCUCCGCCCCCGACCCCCCGUCCUCGCCCCACCCCGGCUCGGGGGGCAGCGGCAGUUCAUCGGAGAACCUUCCGUUCGCCGAGGAGGGAAGCCUGACCAUCCGGCGCCAGGGUCGAGGAGAAGGAGAAGGACAGUGUGUAUUCUGUGUUUGUCUGCAGGGCGACGCCGAGGGUCCCCGGAGGGACGGAGGCGCCGCGCGCGAGGACAUCUCCGGCGCCGAGGCCACGGCGACCUUCAAGCGGCGGGCGCGCAGCUCCAAGCCCCACCCCAACGGCUCGGACUUCACGCUGCAGGAGUCGUCCACCGUCAAGCGCCGGCCCAAGAGCCGCGACAAGGAGCCCGAGGGCUACGCCGACCUGGCCGCCGGCGGGGGGGAGCCCAACACCACGCAGCCCGCGCCCUACCAGAACGGCACGUCCACGGUGAGGCGCCGCCCGCCGUCCGGCGCCGGAGUGACCGAGCAGCCGCAACCUCAGCCGCAGCCGCAGGUGGACGCGGCGCCGCGGCGGGACAGCGUGGACCACGCGGCGGCGGCGGUUGGGAAUGAAGGGGGUCCCGCGAGGAAACCCAAGCCCCCGGUCUCCCCCAAGCCCGUGGUGGCCCAGAUCAAGAGACAGGCCGGCCCGCUGACUCCCCCCCACCCGGUGUCCAGCAAGAGAGUCCCUCUGCCCGGCCCGGGAACGCCCGGCAGCCCAGUGGAAGGAAAGAAGAUCCCUCCCCCCGUCUCGCCUAAGCCGGCGCCCCCGCCCACCGCGCCCAAACCGGCCAAGCUCAUCCACUCCGUGACCAGCCCCUCGUCCCCGGGGGCCGCGCCGGUCAAACAGCACCCCGCGGUGGCCCGGCAGACCAGCUCGCCGCCCUGCUUCCCCCCCUCCCCCAUCCCGGGGCCGCCCCACGCCAAGUCCCCCCAGAGCCCCCACACCCCGCAGACCCCCACCACGCCGCAGACGCCCCAGACCCCCGCCACCCCCAGCCCGACCCCGCCGCCCGUCAAGCCGCCCCGCUCCUCCAUUGGCGGGGUGUCGGUGGACAGCGGGAUGGCGGGGGGGGGCGGCGGCGGCGCGGCGCCUGCUGCUACGACGCCGGAUUUCGCCGCGGAUGCUUUAGUGCAUCAGAAGCUGGAGGAGACGAGCGCGUCGCUGGCCGCGGCGCUGCAGGCUGUGGAGGAUAAGAUCCUGCUGCAUGAGGACUCUGUGGACGAGCAGAAGACCACCGUUAGCAUCCUUGACGACAUCGGCAGCAUGUUCGAUGACCUGGCCGACCAGCUGGACGCCAUGUUGGAGUAACCAUCGCAACCAGUCAGUGCGUCUCCAUGGCAACGCUGCACCUGGACUCAGUCAGACGACACAAGUGGCGACGUCCUCUCCGUGUCUCUCUGUCUCCGUGUCUUCGUCUCUCUCUCUCUCUCUCUCUAUGCCGGCCUCAUCCCGCUUCACACGCCUCGCCCGUCCUCCUCUUCCUCAGCGGCGUCUCAGGCCCGGACCGACAUGUGGCAGAGAGGGAGCGCCGCAACGAAGAAGUAACACCGAGAGAGACAUUAAAAGAGAGAUGGUUAGAAAACACGACGCGGAGAGAAAAAUAUAAAAAUGAUGAAGAAAUGCAACAAAGCGGACUGCAGAACUCCUGAAGCUACGACGGUGAACAAAUAAAGUAAACCAGUACUGUGUGACCAAUCAUAGUGGGGUCUGUGUACAUUCUAAGCAUGGAGAGGUUAUAUGUACUGAAAAAAGUCCUGCAUUAGCACAGUAAUAUUUAUAUAUAUAUAUAUAUAAAUAUAUAUAUAAUAUGGAUCUCUAGCUCUUUGGUUUGAUGUCUUGGUUCUGUGUGGAAUGGUGCCCUCUGGUGUUGUGACGAUGUAAAGGACUUGGUGCAAAGAUUUUUAAUUCGUGACCAAAAUGCUACUCAGCUCUGAGUGUGUGUGUGUGUGUGUGUGUGUGUGUGCGUGUGUGUGUGUGUGAGUGUGUGACAGAUGGACAGUGUGACAGGAGUGUGUGCACGUGAGCUUGUCGGAAUCACAUUUACAGUUCUGACAGCGUUCAUGCACUCUGCUGCAUCCUCAUGCCCCCCCCCCCCCCCCCCACCCACAGGAGAAGCACAAUGACACACACACACACACACAGUGGGGAGCCUGCACAUUGUAAAUGUCAAAACAGGGAAGCUGCGGCAGGUUGUAGAGAACUUUUAGGAUGUUUGGGGGGGUGAAAGCUUCUGGGGAGGCGUGAGGGUGUUACAGUACUUUUUUUUUCUCAGGAGGACAGGUCAAAGGUCGGCCUGGACUCGGUUGUGGCAAAGAGGGAGGAGUGCGCCCGGUGCACUCAGCUCGACUCCGAUCAUUCCCGAUCACUGAUGUGAUCUCAGAAAAGUAACAAAGCGGCACAGCAACAAACUUCAGGUCCCUCUCAGAAAGAUGACAUCACCGCGGGCUGUAACACGAUGAGCAGAGAGGAGGAAUGUGUUUUCAAAGCAGGGAUUCAUGGACUCCGCUCUGAUGCAGACUACUGAUCGGGUACCAGUGCAGACACACUACAACACACAACACUCAGACGUCUUCCUCUUGUCCAAUGCUAAGAGGUCAGAAUCUCAGUGGCCGUGGAAACUCUGGGGUCCGACCCAGUGAAUCCUUUUAUUUUCCAUCAGCACAGCUGGAUUCCUGCUUUAAAUACGCUGCAUUCGCUUUCACGGCCGUCCUCGUCCCAUCUCUCCCGUCCCACGCUCUCCUAGCCGCCCACCCCGCGUUGCCAUGACAAUCUACAGAUAUACCCUCAUCCUUCUCCAUUGGCAUCACCAUGGUGACUGAGCAGUGUGUUGACGUUACAAAAAUGAAGAAAAAAAAAAGAAAUGUUAAUAAAAAGUGCUGAUGGAGGAAAGUGGCGGUCUGCAAAGCUGGAUCCUUUGUGUUGGUGCAACAUUUAAAGGGACACUCCGCGGUUUGUUUUAUCACACAUCAAGGCUCCAACAGAACCUACUGCACUUCCCACAAUGCAACUCAUGUCUUUCUGACCCUCUUCGACCAUGUUUUUCAAACACAAAAUAAUGACAUCAUUAUGAUUAUUUCUUUAGGUUUGACGGAACUCAUCAAAGGCCACAUUAUUAAAACCUUUUUCCCAGCGGAAGCCACUAACCAAGACAAACCUAAGGUCAUGUGUAAAAUGAGCGGAGUGACCCUUUAAAACCAACCACAAGAGAAGCGAGGCGUCGCAAUCCAGGUUCUCCACGCUCCUCGCACACACGAGCAAGAAUUCAGAGAGCAGUUGUGGUAUUUAAAUUAUGAUCACAUAGAGAUUAUAUAUAUGGAUAUUUGCAACAAAAAUAAGAAAUGUAUUUAUGAUGUGUGUGUGUGUGUGUCAUCCUGAAGGCUAUUUUUCAAAAGUAAACAGGUGUAAUCUGAGUGUUGAGUCGCUUUGCUUAAGUGGUCUGAUGAAUCAUUGUAGGAUACCAUGUGGGGAUAUUUCCAGGAUUUCUUUUUGUCAUGUGUCAGGUGUGGCUAUGUCCGUAAUACAAGCAAUUCUUGUUGUUGUGUUCUUUUUUUGUAUGAUUUCAGAUGCAAUGUUCCGUUUUCUUUUUUUUUUCUUUGAAACAUGUGCCUUGCUUUGUGAUUUUGGUCUGACUACAAUACAGUAGAUGGCGUAUAUAUAUAAUAUAUAAGGAUCUCUCUCUCUUUCUGUUCCAUUUCCCAUCUUUCCACCGCUCCAUGUCUAGUUAUUCACAACCAGUAACAUCUGACAUCUGUUUUAAUUUGGACUUUAUAAAAAAACAAGUCCUAUCAAUCGGAUGAGGACAAUUUUGGCAACUUCUCACACAGUUUUGUCACAGCUCAUGUAAUGGGUUACAUUUUAUAAAAAUGAGCUAUUUUGCUUUCUAGCUUAGAGUAAGAUGAGAAGUAUGAAGCUAUAGCUGGCAGCUGCGUAGCGUAGCAUAAAUAAACAGGGAGAAAAGCUUGCUUACUCCAAAAAUGCUUAGUGUUUGUUUAAUUCAUACAGUAGCUGAGGUAAAAACACGGCUGUAGGUUUGGAGUAGCUUUGUGCUAAGCUAUGCUAUGCUAUGCUACGCAGCGGCUAGCAGUAGCUUCACAUCUAACUUGAGUUAAAUGUACAUUGGUCUCUUCAUCUAACUCUUAUACAUAAAUUAACUUCUUUUGAGUACUUUUAAAUGUUGUUUUAUUGAAGAAGCCCGUGAUGAACACCAAACAGUAGAAUAUCAGGUACCAUAGUUGUUACCAGAUGUGUAAUAAAUGCAGGAGAAUAUUGAAAUUGUGUCACAUCUGGACCCAUCUGGGAUCUGGCAGACCUUUUGCAGCCAGAUGUAUAAUUUCCAAGCAGAAAGCCUUUCAAAUAUUUUUUGUAGCAUGUGAAUGAAUCGCGGCAAACCCCCUGAUCAGUGGCUGCACCGGGGUCAAAGGUCAACUCAAACACUGUUACUUCGACCACCCACUGCUGUCUGACCUCGGCCCUCAGGUCUCAUGUUGGAGACAUUAUUUGUGUGUUGGGGCGUGUGGGGUUUGUGGUCUACAAAGGUUAAAAAAACACAAUACAGAUGGUCAAAUAUUGUUGUGGAACAAAAGUACGUCAAGCAUUUUUUAUUCUUGCUUCUCUGAACCGAUCGCAGACUGGUCUCCUCCGCUCUGCAGUGACUGUAUGUGAAUGCUUGAGAGAGGCCGUGUGUGCGUUUUGUGUUGCUCUGCUAUUGACUGUAUGGCACCUGUGAGCGUGUGUGUGCGUGUGUGUGUGCUUGCAGUGACUGCAUCGUAUGGCCAUCUGCACUGAAUAAAUAAAUGUUCUAUACAAAC